AUGGAUGCAACCAGCCCAGCCUGGGGGACAGAAUUCACAACAAGGAAUGGAAGUGAUGAGGCCUUUAUUGAACCUUGCAUCUCUGGGAACCUGACCCUGAGCUUGCUGACCCUCAUCAUUGCCCUUGGGGGGCUGGUAGGGAAUGGGAUUGUGCUCUGGCUCCUGGGCUUUCGCAUGCAGAGAAACACCUUCUCCGUCUACGUCCUCAACCUGGCCGGUGCUGACUUCUUUCUCCUCUGCUGCAAGAUUAUCUGGUCCUUGAGCGAAAUUAUCACCUAUUAUCAACUUAUCUGCAGCAUCCCCAGGUUCUUCACCACUGUGCUGUGCUUUGCCUACAUUGUGGGCCUGAGCAUCCUCAGCGCUCUUAGCAGUGAGCGCUGCCUGUGCGUCCUGUGCCCCAUCUGGUACCGUGUCAGCCGUCCAAGACACCUGUCAUCUGUCGUAUGUGCCCUGCUCUGGGUCCUGUCCCUGCUGCUGAACAUCCUGGAAGGCUACUACUGUGGCUUUCUGUUUGGGGAGUCUGAGCACAAAUGGUGUAGGAUAUUUGAUUUCAUUAUGACUGCAUGGCUGAUUUUCUUAUUUGUGGUUCUCUCUGGUUCCAGCCUGGCCCUGCUGACCAGGAUCCUGUGUGGCUCCUGGCGCAUGAAGCUAACCAGGCUCUAUGUGACCAUCCUGCUCUCGGGGCUGGUCUUCCUCUUCUGUGGCCUGCCCUUCGGCAUCCAAUUCUUCCCCUUAUACUGGAUUCAGCAGCACUCCCAUACAUUCUAUUUUUACCUGCAAGUUGGGCUUGUCCUGUCCUGUAUGAACAGCUGUGCCAACCCCAUCAUUUACUUCUUUGUCGGCUCCUGUAGGCAGCGGCAGCGGCUGCCACAGACCCUCAGGUUGGUUCUCCAGAAGGCCCUGCAGGACAUCCCUGAGACAGAUGAAAGCGGGUCAAGCCUUCCUCGGGAAACCAUGGAGAUGUCGGGGAGCAGCCUGGUGUAG